AUGAUUCUGCAAUACGAUGCCGGUCGUCUUUUAUUCGUUAUGAAAGUUGCUGCGCAACUCGAGAAAUCAGCCCUUCGUCCUGCCUUUAUCCCCAGCUAUCGGCUGAUCACCAAUACAGUCUUACUGACAUCCAAUAUUCUUCAGAUUCAUCUCACAAUUCUCGGUAGUCGUACAUACAUCAGUCGUCUUGAGGAUCCCAUUGUGGUAAAGACAAGACAUAUUCCCGGUACUCUGGAACCCAUGCGGUUCUGGCAACCGUCAAUGUUACCAGAGAAAGAUAUAGCAAAUACCAAGAAGACGUUCAAAAUCAGAUACAAGGAUUUCAAACUAAACGAUGAAAAGUAUCUCGCUAUCAGAAGUGACGGAGUGGGCAUUAUUGAUCUAGCUUUCCGACAUUUCAAUAAAAUGCCAGAUUGGAUCUUAAAUACAACCACAAGGCCCUUUGAAGCCAAAAUAGCUGAGAUUCGCCAGGCUGAUAUCUCGCGCCUGAUAGUUAUAUCUGACAGCGACUCCUCGACCUAUACCAUUAAUUUUGCUCGGCCACCAACAAAGCUGAAGGUUUCAAUCCAUCUUGGCUGUGUUUAUAAUAAAGAGCGUGUGAGAGUUCAGACUCUAGUUUGA